GGCGCGCUCGGAAGGAGGAGGCAGCGGUGGCGGCAGCUGCUGUCCAGCGCUUAGGAGCGGCGCGGCACCGGCACCGGCACCGGCUUCGGCAGUAGCAGCAGCCCGCAGAUCACCUCUCUCUCUUUCUCUUUCUGUCUGUCUUUUCACUUCCCCUUAAGCUCUCCUUUCCUCCCCCUCUCUCGUGAUUUGUUCUUUCACCUCGGAGCGCCCCAAACACUGGAAAGAAGACGACGAAGCGGAGGAGAGGAAGAACACAGCAAGUCAGGAGAAGUGCUAGAAGUGCUGUGGAGCCCCGUCCUAUGUUUACUGGGAAGGACCGGCAAAGGCAACUGAGUGUCCAUACGACUUUAGGCUGCUAAGAUUGGGCUGCAUGUCCUUCAAUACGAAUCUGACAUUUACUUGGAACAAAAUGAUGCUCCAACACCCAGGUCAGCUAUCUGCUUCAGAAGUCAGUGCCUCUGCAAUUGUUCCAUGCCUGUCUCCUUCAGUAUCUCUGGGAUUUGAAGACUUUCCUAAUCUAAACCCACUGGUGAAAGAAGAAUUAAGAUUUGCUAUCCAGAAUAAGCGCCUAUCCCACAGGAUGCCCUCCACAUUGGACACAGUAACUGUUUCUGAUAGACUGGGUGAAACGUCUCUCUUUAAAGCAGAGGGUGUACCUGAGGAAGAUGAAAGGAAAAGACGACGGAGGGAAAGAAACAAGAUUGCAGCAGCAAAAUGUCGAAAUAAGAAGAAGGAAAAAACUGAAUGUCUGCAGAAAGAAUCAGAAAAACUGGAAACCAUCAAUGCAGAACUGAAAGCUCAGAUAGAGGAGCUGAAGAAUGAGAAGCAGCAUUUGAUCUACAUGCUCAAUCUGCACAGGCCCACCUGCAUUGUCCGAGCCCAGAAUGGGAGGACACCAGAGGAUGAAAGAAACCUCUUCAUUCAACAGAUCAAAGAAGGGACCUUACAAGGCUAAGUGACAGCGAUGAGAUAAUGCUUGAUAUCUUUAGGGCAUGUCUUUACAUCAAAAAGCUCCCAAGCCAGAAGCCAUAGAGAAGCUAUCUUGGUAUCCGUGGUCUCCUGUUAGUCAAGAGAAGGCAAAGAAGAUGACAUUUCUAAGAAGAAAAGAGUUUGUUAGCUUAGCUGUUGUUCUCCCUGUUGACAGGACUCAACCAGGUCGAAGAGAGGCCUCUGCCUUUGCUUCAGAUUUAAGUAUCUGCCAUGCCUUCUAAUUCCUAGAAGCCAUAUUCAUGACAGUUA